UUAUCUCUUACGUCCAGUUGCUCUAUAACUGCUUUGUGGUGACUGGGCGUUGCGAUUUCAAGUUGUGUUGUGAAUGCUGGUGAGUUUUACGGAACUAACAUCUCUAUAAGUACCAGGUUGUUUCACAUAGAUAUCUAUUCAAAAUGAGUUUCUUUGGUAAGCUGUUUGGCGGUAAGAAGGAGAACGAAACCCCAUCAACGGGCGAUGCCAUCCAGAAACUACGAGAGACUGAGGAGAUGCUCCUCAAAAAGCAGGAGUUCCUAGAGAAAAAGAUCGAAGUCGAGCUAGCCACAGCAAGGAAAAAUGGCACGAAGAACAAGAGAGUGGCGCUGUCGGCGCUGAAGCGGAAGAAGCGCUAUGAGAAGCAGUUGCAGCAGAUUGACGGCACGCUCAGCACGAUCGAGAUGCAGCGCGAGGCGCUGGAGGGCGCCAACACCAACACAGCAGUACUGCAGACCAUGGGCGAGGCAGCCAAGGCGCUCAAGGCGGCGCACAAGCACAUGGACGUGGACCAGGUGCACGACAUGAUGGACGACAUCGCCGAGCAGCAGGACGUGGCGCGCGAGAUCUCGGACGCCAUCUCCAACCCGGUGUCGUUCGGUCAGGACAUGGACGAGGAUGAGCUGGAACGGGAGCUGGAGGAGCUGGAACAGGAAGAGCUGGACAAGGAGCUGCUGGACCUGGGACCUGCCGCCUCCGAGCUGCCGGCCGUGCCCAGCGCCGAGCCCGCCCAGCCCUCACGUGCCAAGGCCAAGAAGGAGGAGGACGAGGACGACAUGGCGGAGCUGGCCGCCUGGGCGUCGUAGGCGGCGCCCCGGCGCCCCGACCGACGCCCCGCAGAGUGCUUUAUUCCAACGCAUAUGUACUCGAACAGCCACGUCUCUGUAUCGGCUUCUUUACUUCAGCGCUAUGCAGUCUGGCCAGCCGUCGCCGUGCACGGUCCAGAGGUGGGUGCUGCCAUCUAGUGAGGAUACGGUUAACCUCAACCUGUGCGCUUGGCCGCUGUACGACUGUGGCGCUCCGGUGAUGUGUGUGAUUAGCAAUUUCUGCCUUCUCUUCACGAAGACAUCAAACUUGGCGCGGCUCGCGACCUGCUCUAUGUUUCUCAGCAAACAUAGAGGAGACAGGCGUUAUAUGCACCGGGCCCCCGGCCUAAGGCCGAGAGAGACGAGUUCUUGUCAUGACCGAUAGAUGGCAGGGAAGAGGCGAACAGUGCGAGAGGCGCACCCGGGCCCGUGGCACGUGUGAGGGAGUCCCGACCGGCCAGCCGCGAACGCAGGUGGCUGAGCACAGGCAGUGUGUGAUCCCGGUUUGUUGAAACUGAGUCGUGCGAUGCAGUGUUAUUCGGUGGGGGUCUUCUUCGCGACUGCUGAGCGUCGUUUCGCCCUGCACGCGGCCAUUUAACAUAACCAUUAAAUAAGUUCACUGCUUGCACCGCUUAUAGAAGUGCUGACACGGCUCCUGUGAAUCUUUGCUGUGUCGUCUGGUGAUCACGCGUUAUGUAGGGGCUGACGGUGUACUAGUGUCUGAGUGCUCUCGCUCUUCUCUCGUUACUAAGUAUUGUCUUACCGUUGAUAUUUGGCUCACAGAAUCAGAUAGGACUGCCGCAUUGUGUUGAUUCCCUUAUACGCGCACGCGGGCCUUGAUUAGGACUUUCUCGAGUUCAUGGCGUGUUCAGAGACGACGUGGUGGUUGUGUUUGCCGUCGAAAGCUGAACGUCUGUGAGGACUGGCCUGCCGCUCGGGUGUUGGCUGUUGCUGGUGUUCAGGGCGUCUGCAGUCAUGAGCAGUUCGCUGUGUGUGUGGUGUGCAGUCUCCCGAUCGAAGGCUUUAGUCUGACAGUCUGACCAGAGUCAGAGUCCGAUCACUGGGCCUAGGAAGACUCGCCUACACUGGGGAUCGAACCGACGGUGCUCGCAGGAGUGCCAGCUUGGCAAGUAUCAACGGAAGGUGCAACAUCAAACGGCGUGCAGCGGUCGCAUGUAAACCAUGACCGGCGGGGGACUGUGCUCUAUGGCCUUCGGUCGGUUAUCGCGUGAAAGAGUGUGAGAAUGUGGGGCGCGAGUGGGAUUGAACAACUGGGACACUGUAUGACAAUAUGAUCUAAACGAAGAUUGAAGCGCGAUCUUGUGAGAAUGUAAGACGGGGGACUCUAUAGGUUGAUUUAACCUAAAAUAGGACUUAAGUGCGAUAUUGCGGGAUUGAAGCAGUGAGGUCUGUAACUUGUACAGUGACGAUGUAACCUAAACGAAUUUCAAAACAUUUCGUGAAAAGGAUGAAUGGCUAGAUGACCGCUUUGUGACAAUUUAAUCCAAACGCGAGGGAAUAAAGCCAGAUAAAUAGUG